AUGCCUCUCGGAGUCCGGGGGGAGGCCGGGCUUUGGUCCGGGUUAAGGGGGGUCGUUCAUGGAGGAAACGUGGAGUUUGACCGCGGAGCAGAGACCCGGAGCAGCGCUUUUCCCGCGUUCCACGCCGCCGUUUCCAUGGAGACGCUUCUGCGGCUCCGGGAGCCGAGCGGCUCCGGAAACACCCGAGCGGCUCCGGAAAUUACCGAAUCAUUCCGGAAACAGCCGAGCGGUUCCGGAAAUAGCCGAAGCUGCUACUUCCUGUUCCUGGUCUGCUACUUCCUGCUCCUGGUCUGCUACUUCCUGCUCCUGGUCUGCUACUUCCUGCUCCUGGUCUGCUACUUCCUGCUCCUGGUCUGCUACUUCCUGCUCCUGGUCUGCUACUUCCUGCUCCUGGGGGCGGAGCUAAUAGAGGGGGCGGAGCUGGAGCUGACGGAGCUCCGCUACGAGGCUCAGCUCCGAGCCGAGUUCGACAGCUGCGACUCCACGUCCACCGGGUUCCUGGACCGGGACGAGCUGACGGAGCUGUGUGGACGGCUGCAGCUGGAGAAGCAGCUACCGCUGCUGCUGGACACGCUGCUGGGAGAACACGCCCACAACCGGGUGAACUUCCAGGAGUUCAAGGACGGCUUCGUGGAGGUUCUGUCCCGAUCCCUGGACCUCAGCACCUCGGAGGACGACAGCAGCUACCUGGAGACAGCUGUUCCAGAGGAGGUGAAGCCAAAGUUCAUGAAGGGAGCGAAGCGUUACGGCCGCCGCUCUCGUCCCGACGGUAAAGCCGCCGCAGCGCUGAGGUUCAACUCCGAAGACUCGCCGGUUUCCACCAACGAGGCCUCAGACCCGCCGCUGAACGGGAUCCACGGUGCCGGUCUGAACGGGAUCCACGGUUCUGGUGUGAACGGUAUCCACGGUUCUGGUCUGAACGGGAUCCACGGUACCGGUCGGAACGGGAUCCACGGUGCCGGUCUGAGACGGGCCACGUCUCUGGAGAGUGUGGAGAGCCUGAAGUCUGACGAUGAAACAGGAAGUCAGAAGAUCAUCCAGCCCUUUCAGUGUAAAGCUCGUCAUCGGGAGGAGGAGGAGGAGGAGGAGGAGGAGGAGGAGGAAGAGGAGGAGGAGGCGGAGCUAGAAGAGGCGGAGGCGGAGCUACAGCUCGGGGGGCGGAGCCUCGUCCUGACACCAGCGUCUCUGCAGCAGCUGCAGGGCCGAGUCAGCAUGAGGGAGUUCAGGAGAGUUCUGUGUAGCUCCACCCCCGUCUGCAGCCGAGGAAGACCCACCAAUCCGCUGAAGGUGGUCCCGGACCAGCUCCCCCCCCGGUCCAGGUCCAGGUCUCCGGUCCUGCUGGUCUCGGGGGGCCGGCGGGUCCUCAGUCUGCUGGACGACGGAACCGGAACCACCAGCCCAGACCGGGUGGAGGCCCUUUGGACCGAGGAGGGGGUCCAGAACUCCAGGGAGGUCCUGCAGGUCCUGGACUUCCCCCCGGACGACCGUCUCAGUCUGGUGGACUUGACUCAGGCUCUGGACAACGAGCUGCUGGGAAGCAGCAACAACAUCCACCAGGCGGCGCUGGUGUCGUACCGGGCCGAGGUCCAGCAGCUACAGGACUUGGCAGAGACGGCCCGUCUCCAGCGGGACAAGCUGAAACUGGACCUGGACCUGAUGGAGCAGAGAAACCUGCAGCUGGUGAAGGAGGCUGAUGAGAGACACGUUACCAUGGAGACCCAGAACCAGGACCACAUCAGGGAGCUGCAGCAGGGGUUCCGGGUGCGGCUAGCGGCGCUGCGCUGCCAGGCGGAGCAGGAAGGGGAGGAGCUUGUGCAGCAGGUGGAGGCGGAGCGUCGGGACCUGGAGGCGGAGCUACAGAUGAUCAGAGCGCAGGAGGCGGAGCUACGGGACGAGCUCUGCAGCUCAGCUCAGGAGAACGGGCGUCUGCAGCAGGAGCUCAGCUCCGUCAGGAGGAAGCUGGUGGAGGCCGAGACGUCGGUGGAGAAACUGGAGGGAGAUUUGGAUCAGCUGCUGCAGGACAAGUUCUGUGGUCUGGACCCGCUCAGCGCCGGCCUGAGCCGUGAGGAGAGAUUCUCCCAGGUCCUCCGAGACUACGAGCUGCAGUGCAGGGAACUGCGGGACAGGAACGAUGAACUGAGUUCAGAGUUGGAGCUGCUGAAGAACCGGAGGAACAGGAAGUGGAGGCCAGGAGGGGGCGGGGCCAAGGACAGGUGUCAAUCACCGUCAGAACCAGACUCAGACAUGAAGCGCCGCUCGACUAUGGAGGUUCAGAAGAACCUGCAGCCGGACAGAACUGCUCCACCCUCGGUUCCGGACCAGGUCUCAGCGCCAGACCGGGCCUCGAUGCCGGACCACGUCUCAGUCCCGGACCAGACCUCGGACCCGGUUCCAGCCCGGACCUCGGUCCUCAGCAUCCAGACAGAACUGGCCCUGGAGCAGAUGAAGCAGCAGCAGCAGCAGGAGCUGCAGCAGCUGCACAUCCAGAUGGAGACACAGGUGAACUACUACGAGCGCAGCCUGGAGAUGAUGAGGCAGAGCCUGGAGGUGGAGAGGAAGGACAUCAGCCAGGCCUUCAAGCUGGAGAUCAGUGAGCUGGAGGAGCAGAAGUCCCGGUCGGAGCAGGAGGUGCAGCAGCUGAAGGAGGUUCUGACCCGACUGCAGACCCAACCAGGAGGGGGGCGGAGCCACGAGCAGGAACGCAGAAUGCAGUGGGAGCGGGCCGAGCUGGAGCAGAACUUUGCCCGGGAGAUCAGCAACCUGGUCCAGAACCUGAGAGCAGAGAAGGACCAAAUGGAGGCCGAGCUGAGGCUGCAGAUGGACCGGGAGGUUCUGGAGGCCAGGCAGGAGGCGGAGCAGCAGAGUGCAUUCUGGGAGGAGGAGAACCGGGCCGAGGUCCGGCGCCUGCAGGAGGUUCUGGAAGGUUCUGGCCGGCGCUGCUCGGACCUGGAGGUCCAGAACCAGGACCUGGAGGUCCAGAACCAGGACCUGCAGAACCAGAACCAGGACCUGCAGAACCAGAACCAGGACCUGCAGAACCAGAACCAGCACCUGCAGGCCCGGCUGGAGUCCCAGGAGGUUCUGACCCGACGCCUGGAGCAGGAGCUGCAGCAGACCCGGACCCAGCAGGACCAGAACCAGAACCUGGUCCAGGAGAACCGGGCCUACACCCGGCUGGCCGACCAGCUGUCGACCCAGAUCCUGGAGAUGGAGGAGGAGAACCGGGCCCUUAUGGACCAGAACCAGGACCAGAACCGGGCCCUGAGGGACCAGAACCAGGAGCUUGACCGGGCCCUGCAGGAGUCCCAGAACCAGAACCAGCAGCUAGACCGGGCCCUGCAGGAGUCCCAGAACCAGAACCAGCAGCUAGACCGGGCCCUGCAGGAGUCCCAGAACCAGAACCAGCAGCUAGACCGGGCCCUGCAGGAGUCCCAGAACCAGAACCAGCAGCUGGACCGGGCCCUGCAGGAGUCCCAGAACCAGAACCAGCAGCUAGACCGGGCCCUGCAGGACUCCCAGGCCCGGCUCGGGUCGGCCCAGCAGGACCGGGACCGGGAGAAGAGCAUUAUGGGUCGGCAGCUGGAGGAUCUGGAGAACCUGGUUCUGGACCUGGAGAACCUGGUGGACCCGGGUCAGAACCACAGGACCCGGAUGGAGGAGGUUCGGUCGGAGAACCGGGCCCUGCAGGAGAACCUGGAGGUUCUGCAGCAGCAGGUCCAGAACCUGCAAGAGGACCAAGUCCAGAACAGGCGGCGGCUGGAGGAGGCGGAGCUUCAGCACCAGAGGAGCAGAGAGGAGGAGGAGCUACUGCAGGCAGAGAACCAGCGGUUCCGUCAGCAGGUUCUGGAUCUGAGCAGCAGGAACCUGCAGCUCAGCAGCUCCAACGGGGAGCUGAGUCUCCAACUGCAGGGGCAGCUGGAGUCGGUCCGGAGGCUGCAGGAGCGCCUAGCAACCGUCUCCAGGGAGGAGGAGCAGCGCCUAGCAACCGUCUCCAGGGAGGAGGAGGAGGCGGCGGCUUCGGUGAACCGCCAAUCACAGCUGGAGGCGGAGCUUAGCAGCGCGGUGCUGAAGCUGCAGUGGGCGGAGCUUAGCAGGGAGGAGCUGCAGAGAGACGCAGAGGAACGAAACCAGCAGGUGGAGGAUCUGCAGCAGCAGCUGGUUGCCAUGGGGACGGAGGCGGAGCUUCUGCGCUCGCAGCUCCACGUCGUCAAGGGGGAGGAGCUUGGCCAUGCCCUCAGCCGGCUGCAGGUGGGCGGCGGCCUCAAGGAGGAGGCGGAGCUUCUGCAGGCACAGCUGGAGGAGGAGCUAGAAGAGGGGAGGAGGCGGAGCCAGCAAAUGGAGGCGGAGCUAGAAGAGGGGAGGAGGCGGAGCCAGCAGCUGGAGGCGGAGCUAGAAGAGGGGAGGAGGCGGAGCCAGCAGCUGGAGGUUGAGAGGAGGCGGAGCCAGCAGAUGGAGGCGGAGCUAGAAGAGGGGAGGAGGCGGAGCCAGCAGCUGGAGGUGGAGCUAGAACAGGAGAGGAGGCGGAGCCAGAAGCUGGAGGCGGAGCUGGAGCUGCAGGUCCAGCAGAGUCGCAUCAAGAUGGUCCAGUCCCAGAAGGCCUCGUUGGUUCUGCAGCACCGGGUGGAGGAUCUGGAUCUGCAGCUGAAGGGGAACCGUCUGGUUCUGAAGGAGAAGCUGCAGCAGCUGCAGGACCAGGUGUCCCGGUCGUCCCGUCUCUCCGUCGUCCUCAAGGACGUCUACGUAGAAAACUCUCAGCUGGUGUCGGCGCUGACGGAGACGGAGCUGCGGCAGAAACAAGCAGAGAAGAAGAACCUGCUGCUGCAGGACAAGCUGGAGGUGAUGGGGAGGUUGUUGAGGGAGGUGGUGGUGUAGCCCCGCCCCCUGGUGGUGUAGCCCCGCCCCCUGAACAUGUAGCCCCGCCCCCUGGUCCCCUAGCCCCGCCCCCUGGACCUCUAGCCCCGCCCCCUGCCCAGAACCUGCUGCUGCAGGACAAGCUGGAGGUGAUGGGGAGGUUGUUGAGGGAGGUGGUGGUGUAGCCCCGCCCCCUGGUCCUGUAGCCCCGCCCCCUGGUGUAGCCCCGCCCCCUGGACCUGUAGCCCCGCCUCCUUCUCCCCCUGACUCCGCCCCCGAGAGCCAGCGGCCCCUGCAGGUCAUGAAGCUGAAGCUACGAGCUACAUUCCUGCAGCGUCGUCACGGUAACUGUUCAGGGUCCUCACCGCCCAUGAUGAUGUCACAGAUCACGUGAUCACUGAGGGGGCGGGGCCUCCACACCAUGACAUCACGCUGACAAACUUAUGGUUUUAUCUGGGCAGGGCCUGUACGUGUGUGGGCGGGGCCUGUACGUGUGUGGGCGGGGCCUCCACGGGAGUGGGCGGGGCCUCCACACAUUUGUGGGCGGGGCCUCCACACCUGCACAGGUGACAUCAGGACAGGAAGUAGCUCGUCUCCUGUUCCGUCUCUGUUCGUCUGUUUUUCUGAUCUCUGAACAAACCAAAGUUGAAUAAAUAAAUUAUGUUUUUAAUCAUCUGAGACUCGACUUUAAAGUUUAAAAAGGUUUUUAUUUCAUCAUUAAAACAUCAACAAAUAAAGUUACAAUACAAACACAGACAAACGUUGGAAACAGAAGCUUCACUGGAGGUCCAGAACCAGAACCGGGUCAGGACUCCACGUGCUCCAGAACCGGGUCCAGAACCAGAACCGGGUCAGGACUCCACGUGCUCCAGGACUCCUUGGCGAAUCAGCUGCUCACAUUUCCAGCGCGGCAGGAAGUGCUGAGAACAGAGACAUGAGGUCAUGAUGCUGGUCACCAUGACGACCAGGGGCCUCAUUUAUAAAAGAGAGCGUAGGAUUCAAACUAAAAGUGCACGUAGUACAGAAUGGAUUCCUACAAAUAUUGGAAACCGUUGUGUUUGGUGAUUCUGUCUGUCGAGGACGUUGAAGAUGCUUCAUGAUUGGAUUUAUGAUAGCAGGAUUUCUCUUGAUAGGAGAAGGGGGAUUCCUGGUGUACCGACAAACGCGUAAGUCGUCGACAGCUGUUCUGGCUCUUUCAGAGCUGCCGGACGUGGCUGAAGGAUCAAGCAAGGUGAUCAACACUCAGACUUUAACGUUAGGGGAGC